UCUCUCUCUCUCCAUGGAUCCGAGACUACAACAUGCUGCUGAAACCGGAAGCAUCAAUGAAUUUUAUGCUCUGAUUGAUGAGAAUCCUUACAUUCUUGAUAACAUCAAUGCCGUGCCAUUUGUCAACACUCCUCUCCACGUAGCUGCAGCUUCUGGGAACAUUCCAUUUGCCAUGGAGAUGCUGAAUCUUAAGCCAUCGUUUGCCAGAAAGCUGAACACAAGUGGGUAUAGUCCAUUGCAUCUUGCUGUGGAAAAAGAUCAUAGAGAGUUCAUAACGUGGAUGAUCUGGCUUGAUCCCGGACUUGCUCGAGUUAAAGGGAGAGAAGGCAUCACACCUUUCCAUCUCAUAGCAGUAAAAGGAGACAUAAAUCUUGUGGUAGAGUGUCUCAAGUCUUGCUUUGAAUGUAUCCAAGAUGUGAAUGUGAAUGGCCAUAACGCUCUUCACCUUGCUGUGAUGAAUAAUAGAUUUGAAAUUAUCCAAGUCCUCACCGGUUGGCUCCAAAGAAUGAGCCAAAAAGAUUCUGCUUCCACCGAAUAUGAUUUCUUGAAUAGAAAAGAUUUAUCUCACAACACGCCUUUGCAUCUUGCAGCAUAUAAGGAAGAUCAUCAGGCGGUAAAACUGCUGCUAGAAUGUCAGCGGGUGAAACUGAACGAAGUAAAUGGGGAUGGUUCAACACUCCUUGAUAUCUUAAGAAACCAGGGACAGACUAGAGACUUGGCUUUGGAACAAGUUGUUGUAAGAACCGGGUGCAAGGAGGCGGCUUCUCUUCCGAAACUUGAGAAACCGUCUGAUCAGUUUAAGUCACCAGUCACUUUUUGGGGUCAUUGCUCCAUUGGCAUCAGACGCCUGAGGUCCGACACUUCAGAAGAAGGCCGUGCAGUCUUCUUGAUUAUAUGCACUUUGAUAAUCACAUCUACUUAUCAAACCGCACUUCAGCCUCCUGGAGGUGUAAACCAAUCCGAGGGUGGUGGUACCGCAGUGAUGAAACAAACAUUCUUCAUCGUCCUUUGGGUUUCUAACACUAUAGGCUUCUGUUGCGCUCUACUCUACACAUUUUGUCUCCUACCAAUCGGUAGCUUGUUUACAACAUGGUUCUUCUGGAUUGGAGCGUCUCUGGGAGUUUCUUAUGCGCUUGCUAUGGCUGUAAUCUCACCAAACCCUCUAUUGUUUCUCUGUGCGGCCUUUACCUUGUACCUGCUCUUUCCUAUGUAUCUCUUGAUAGAAAUUUUCAUAGCCCUGAGGCUGAGCCAUCUUAAGGCUUCAGUAAAUCGAAUGUUUGUGACAUUUUUGAAACAGAGAGGGACUUUGAGAAUCUAAAGAUAUAACCUUUCAACAAAUU